AUGAUACCCGACCACUUAUUUGAAGAAGGAAUAAACAAUUCGCUUUUACGUAAUGAUAUGAAACAUGUUCAAUUAAAUAGAGUCGUUUAUGAGAAAACACAAAAGGAUUACGAAAGGGAGCAACGAAAUCUUUUGUCGUCACAAGAUGGCGACACUUGUGAGAUUCACGAUCAGUUCUACAGGGACCACAAACUGCUUUUAGUCUUGUUUAGAGCUUUAGCUGUUAUGCCUAUUACUCGUUCGAGGCCUGGAACUAUUACAUUUAGCUGGAAAUCUCGAGCCACGGCUUAUGCUAUAUUUUUCUACAUAGUGGCAACUGUAGUUGUUCUUAUAGUUGGUUACGAGCGUAUUUUGAUUUUACGUUCUACCAAAAAAUUCGAUGACUACAUUUAUUCGAUUCUUUUCGUGGCUUUUCUGGUUCCUCACUUUUGGAUACCUUUCGUCGGCUGGGGUGUAGCACAUCAAGUCGCAAUUUAUAAAACGAAUUGGGGAAAGUUUCAAGUACGAUAUUAUCGAGUAACAGGCGAAAAUCUUCAAUUUCCAAACUUGAAGACUUCGAUUGUAAUCAUAAGUGUGGGCUGUUUGCUUCUUGCCAUCUGUUUUCUUCUUAGUCUAUGUGCUUUAUUGGAUGGGUUCUUGCUCCGACAUACAACAGCUUAUUACCAUAUAAUAACCAUGAUCAAUAUGAACUGCGCUCUAUGGUAUAUCAACUGCAAAGGAAUUAAAAUUGCUUCUCAAAGUCUUUCAGAAUGUUUUAGAAGGGACGUACAUAGAGAAUGCACAGCUAAUUUGAUAUCGAGUUAUCGUUUUCUUUGGCUGAAUUUGUCGGAGCAACUACAGUUGCUGGGAAAUGCGUAUGCGCGUACUUAUUCUACAUACUGCCUCUUCAUGUUUUUCAACAUAACGAUUGCGGUGUACGGUGCAUUGUCCGAGAUCGUAGAUCAUGGAUUCGGAUUCAGUUUUAAAGAGAUUGGCCUUUUUGUCGACGCUCUCUACUGUUCUACGUUACUAUUUAUAUUUGCUGAUUGCUCCCAUAAAUCGACACUUAAGGUGGCAGCUGGAGUUCAAGACACUUUACUAUCCAUAGAUGUUUUAUCAGUAGACCGACCAACUCAGAAAGAGAUUGAUCAUUUUAUACAAGCUAUUGAAAUGAACCCAGCUGUUGUCAGUUUGAAGGGAUACGCACAUGUUAAUAGAGAACUUUUAACAUCGGCUAUCAGCAUGAUUGCUAUAUACCUCAUUGUUUUGCUACAAUUCAAGAUUUCACUACCCAAGGACUUGUCUACAAGUACCUACGAUUAAAGAGGAUGAUAAUCAAUAAA